AUGGCCGACACGACACGCACGCAGAUAGAGACGCUGCGCCAGCUCGCGAAAAUCGUCAACGAGUCGCUCGACACGAUAGAGGCAGCCUACUCGCAGGCAGGGGUUGCCCUCCCAAGCUUGAACAGCCCAACGUUUUCGUCUGCGGACCCGGCUGAAGUGCUGAGGACGGAGCCAGCGGUGGCAAGGGCCACGCUCGACAUCAUGGCCGCGGCGGCACAGCUCUCCGCCGAGGUCUGCAGCCCGCUCACGAUGGUGCUGAAUGCGUCACAGUCAUUUUAUCUGGCGUCGUGCCUGAACGUGGCCUCAGAGCUGAAUGUUGUCGAAAUUCUGAAGGAAUAUGGGGCAGGAGGCGUGCAUGUGGACGAGAUUGCGGCGCGAAGCAAGACGGAGACUGGGCUACUCUCUCGGAUUCUGCGAUUACUCGCCACCCACCACGUCUUCCGCGAGGUUAAGCCCGACGUGUUCGCUAACAACCGCAUCUCCGCGGUCUUAGACAAGGGCCAAUCGGCGGCGGACUUGUUUGCAAAGCCAGAAGAACGAUUCACCAAAGACACCGGCAUCGUUGCGCUGGUGGAAUACUGUUCCGACGACCUCCUGCGUGUCUCAGCCGAACUCACCACGACCAUCCUCAAUGCCCAGCCAAACGUGUACCCGUACAACCGCGCGUUCGACACGGACCUCCCAAUGUUCUACUUCUUCCAGCGUCCUGAGAACGCGUACAAAUUGAAACGUUUUGCGUUAGGGAUGCAGGGAAUCCAGACGACCAGCAGCCUUAGUGAAGGUGUGCUGGGCCAGAGCGGAUUUGAAUGGGACACGCUGCCUGCUGACGCGGUUGUCGUUGAUGUCGGGUGUGGAAACGGCCACGUCUCGCUCGCCAUCGCGCAAAAGCACCCCAAGUUAAAGAUUGUCAACCAAGAUCUCGCGCGGCAGGUCGGACUAGCCAAACAGUACUGGGAGACAGAAAUGCCGUCCCACAUCGAGAACCAGCGUGUCGAAUUUCAAGGCGACGCAGACCACGACUUCUUCCAGCCGCAGCCCGUGAAGAACGCCGAUAUAUUCCUCCUGCGCUUCAUCGCACACAAUUGGGACGACGUCAAGCUCGCCCAUAUCCUACAGAAGUUGCGCGACGCUGCCAUGCCGACAACAAAGCUCGUAAUCCUCGACAAAAUCCAGCUAUUUGCCGCCAGCUGGGAACCGCUUCUGUCGAACUGGGGGGUCGGCAAUGCGGAGUAUUACUACUUCGAUAUGGGCGUGCACAACAUGCUCGGUGGCGGAGAACGCACAUUGCCUGCCUUCGCCGCGGUGCUUGCGAGGGCGCAUUGGCGCCUGGACAAGGUGUACCGCCCGCAAGGAUCGCACCAGCCGCAUAUAGUCGCAGUGCCGAUGUAG